AUGCAGGCAGCUCCCUCUGCAGACUCCAACUCCAACACCAUGAAUGUGUCCUUUGCUCACCUGCACUUUGCCGGAGGCUACCUGCCCUCUGACUCCAAGGACUGGAGGACCAUAGUGCCGGCUCUCUUGGUGGCUGUGUGCCUGGUGGGCGUCGUGGGGAACCUGUGUGUGAUUGGCAUUCUCCUUCACAGUGCUUGGAAAGGAAGGUCAUCCAUGAUUCAGUCUCUGAUUCUGAAUCUCAGCCUGGCGGAUUUCUCCCUUCUGCUGUUUUCUGCACCGGCCCGAGCUAUAGCAUACUCCAAAGGCGUAUGGGAUCUCGGCUGGUUUGUCUGCAAGUCCUCAGACUGGUUCAUCCACACGUGCAUGGCAGCCAAGAGCCUGACCAUCAUCGCAGUGGCCAAAGUAUGCUUCAUGUACGCAAGCAGCCCAGCCAAGCAAGUAAGUUUCCACAACUGCACCAUCUGGUCCAUCGUGGCAGCCAUCUGGGCCGUGGCCAGCUUGCUGCCCCUGCCCGAAUGGCUGUUCAGCACCACUAGGCAUCAUGCAGGCGUGGAUAUGUGCAUCAUGGAUGUACCAGCUGUGGCUGAAGAGUUCAUGUCUAUGUUUGGUAAGCUCUACCCUCUCCUGGUAUUUUGCCUUCCGUUACUCUUUGCCUGCUUUUAUUUCUGGAGAGCCUACGGCAGAUGUCAAAAUCGAGGAACUAAAACUCAAAAGCUUAGAAAUCAGAUCCGCUCAAAGCAACUCACAGUGAUGUUGCUGAGCAUUGCCCUGACCUCAGCUGUUCUGUGGCUCCCUGAGUGGAUAGCUUGGCUGUGGGUGUGGCACCGGAAGGCUGGAGGUCCGACCCCACCACAGGGGUUCUUAGCCUUGUCUCAAGUCCUAAUGUUUUCCAUCUCUUCAGCAAACCCGCUCAUUUUUCUAGUAAUGUCAGAGGAGUUCAAGGCAGGCUUGAAAGGCUUUUGGAAAUGGACAAUGACCAAACACCCAACUGCCUCAGGCUCGCAGGAACUACCAGGGGGUAACUCAGAGGUCCUUCCUGAUAAUGUUCCAUCUCUGGAGUCCCCAACCUGCAGAGCAGAGAGUGAGAAGCCUGCUGUUCCCACCUCCGGCAGAGAGAAAGGCGAGAAAGCAGACAUGCCCAUUCUCCCUGAUGUAGAGCAGUUUUGGCACGAGAGGGACACGGCUCCUCCUGCACAAGAUAAUGACCCUAUUCCCUGGGAACACGAAGAUCAAGAGACAGAGCGGUGUGAGAAAUAG